AUGAAUUUAUUAAAAUAUUCUAAAGAUUUUCCAUCAUUACUAUAUUUAGUACGAAAUAAUCCAUAUCCGGUAUACCCAGAAUAUUCUAGUUUUUUAUCAAGACUUAAAACAUAUGAAUCAUGUCCAUCAACUUUAAUGAAAGAUAAAUAUUCGCUUUCUGAAUGUGGUUUUAAGUAUACAGGAACACAAGAUAUGGUACAAUGCUUUUUUUGUGGAUUGAUUUUAAAAAACUGGAUACAAGGAAGUGAUGAUGCAUGGUUUGAACAUUCUAAGUCAAACCCAAAUUGUUUAUUUGUAUUAUUAUAUAAAGGAAACCAAUUUAUAGAAAAUGUUAAAAAUAAUCAUGUUUGUAAUUGUAAAUCAGAAAAAUCGUAUGAUGUCGUCGGUUAAUACAUUGUAAUUCAUGUAUAAAAUGUAAUAAUAAAAUAUUUAAUUUUACUAAACAAAUUAUAUGUGUAAAUACUUUAUGUAAUAUUCCGUGAACAUGUAGUCUAGUGGGUUAAGGCGUGUAGUAAAAAUCCAAUAUGAUAGGUUUAAAUAAAAGGUAAGGGUUACUCUAUAAACUUAAAUAUAUAAAAAAUAUCAUUACUCUUCAACUCGUAUAGACUACAUUUCAUUUUAAUUUUUAUUUUUUUACGUACAUGUUAGUUUUAUUUUAGGUUC